AAGAAUCUGAGUGGAGACUCACCGAGGCGAAGGGGCCAACCAUGGGAAAGGAGAGUGGAUGGGGCUCAGCUGCACUCCUACAGGGCUCUCCCUGGGAUGCUGGCUGAGCUGACUCCCACAGCUCCCAAAGGGGCCCCAAGGCUUCAUCCCACAGGAUUGCCCUGGCUACAGAGGAUCACAGAGGUCCAUCUCUGCCCAGGGUGCACAAUGUUGGGGAAGCCAGCCCUUAACCAAUGAUGUGAAGGGACUUGGGCCAGGAUUGCUACAGUUGUGAUUGGAGGAGUUAUGGCCGUGGAGGCUGUGCCCAUGGUGCUCAGUGCCAUGGGCUUCACUGCGGCGGGAAUCGUCUCGUCCUCCAUAGCAGCCAAGAUGAUGUCCGCGGCGGCCAUUGCCAAUGGGGGUGGAGUUGCCUCGGGCAGCCUUGUGGCUACUCUGCAGUCACUGGGAGCAACUAGGCUCUCCGGGUUGACCAAAUUCAUCCUGGGCUCCACUGGGUCUGCCAUUGCGGCUGGCAUUGCGAGGUUCUACUAGCUCCCUGCCCCUCGCCCUGCAGAGAAGAGAACCAUGCCAGGGAGAAGGCACUCAGCCAUCCUGACCCAGCGAGGAGCCAACUAUCUCAAAUAUACGUGGGGUGAAAUAUACCAAAUUCUGCACCUCCAGAGGAAAAUAAGAAAUAAAGAUGAACUGUUGCAACUCUU